AACGAGUAACAGAUUUUGGGCCUUUGGACAUUUGGCACCUCUCUUGCUUCCCAUAAUGUGAACAACGAUUAUCUGACGUCCUAAAAUGUAACAACCCCAAAUUCAGUGAAGCAGUGACUGAGAAAUUAGGCAAUUAAAGCAUUGAUCUUCUACCUCCUGCAUUCAAAACAACCUAUCUCGAUUUUCGUUUUUUUUUUUUCCCUUUAAAUCGCCUAAAAUCCGGUAAUAGAGAUUCCCAAGAAAUUUAAAUGCCCAUUAAAUUCCCAAUUUAAUGCAGAAUCUAUUGAGAUAGAGGGUAUCCCCUGUUUUUGGCGUAAAUCAUACCAGAUCAACUUAACUUUUUUGCAACAAAAAUCUAGAACACAAAACCCAAAUUAAUUUCUGGGUUUUUCAAUUGACCCGAAAAUCUCAAAUGGGUCGUCGUUCAAUCGACUCAAACGUGGGUCGUUGGACCUCAAUGGGUCUUCUGUUGCUGGGUUUCUUGGCUUGCACUUUAGCCUAUUUUGUUAUCUCAACUGUGCUAAAACCCAGUAAUCCAAUCUCAAAUUAUGAUGGAUUGGCUAUUGAUGAGAGUCAUGAGAGUGAUGGAGUGAGUUUGGAGAGAGAAAAUGGAGGUGGGUGUUGCCGAGGAAUCCCUAAAUUGGAGCUUUGGGGCACGGCCGUGAAGUGGGGUACCGAACAUAAGUAUAACUCUGAAGAAGAGUGUUGUAAAUCAUGUAAGGCUAUGUGUAGUGGUAAAGAUGGACCUUGUUUGUGUGAUAGUUGGGUGUUUUGCGGUGAUCGUAAUGCUUGUGGGCGGCAAUUUGGUGAGUGUUGGUUGAAGAAGCAGAAGGAUACUUGGGUACCACAGCGUCAAGAUGCAGGAAGCAGAGUAAUGUGGACUUCUGGUCUUGUAUUUGGCAAAGGAGAGGGAAUCAUUGGUCUGGAAACUGAGCAUGGUACCCUUCAUAUAAAACUCUACCCUGAUUCUGCUCCAUAUUCAGUGCAGUACAUUCUUGAAUUACUGACACUUCGCCAUUGUGCUGGCUGCCAAUUUUACCGAGCAGAAGGGCGAGGGGAAUCUUGGGAUCUAAAGGGCAACCAUAUUAAAGAUGCAUCUUUUGGCCCUCCAUAUGCCCUGAUUCAAGGAACACUUGAAGCAGCAGGCAUGCCUUUCCAGACAAUCCCUACUGAAGUAUGUCGAACUGUCAGAAGAGGUGUAGUUGCAUGGGUUGGUUCUGGUCCUGAGUUCUUCAUAAGCUUGGCCAGCCAUGUAGAGUGGAAAAAUUCUUAUACAAUUUUUGGCUCUGUCCUUCCAGAGGAUAUGGAAAUUGCUGAGAAAAUCGCUCAGCUCCCAACGAGGCCUGAUGUGUGGAACAACGUUAACGUUUCUGUCCUAGAAAAACCUAUUCCAAUCUUGGUUCAGAGAAUUAAAUCAAAUCAUGAAGAUAUUUCACAUAAGCUAUAGAAUUUGUCAGAGCUCUUUAAUUUUUAUGUCUAUUCAGCCUUCUCUGUGAUUACCUCCAACAAAUAGUUUUCCUGGCAGUCUAUUCAGUCUGUUUACUUGUACACCAACGAUUAAUUUAUUUGUAGUUAUUUUUUUUUUGGAACAAAAUAUGUUGGCUUGCCUCAUUUGUUUUGAGUUGCCACUAUAUAAGACCUCUUUACGAGGAAGUUCUUUCUUGGAAUUUUAAAAUAUAAUUUUCUU